GUGCUUACAUUCUUUUUCAAAAUUCCUAUUAAUCUUGCACAAAUACAAUGUAAAAAGUUCCCAUCAAAUUUCAGCCUCAUCUGCUUAUUUAUUAUUUUUUAAAAUGUUUUUUUUUUUUGUCAAUUAGAGCAACAAGUUAAUAUUUAGGUCCAGAUUUUAAAAGUUUGUUCGAGAAAAAAAUAAUUAAAUUUUAUUUUUACCACCUCUCUUUUUUUUCAUCUCAAAUUUAGCUCAUAUCUUUAUCUCUAAGAAUAUAAAGAAUUAAAUUUAAUUUCCCAAAAAAUUUCCUAUAAAAGCUAUAAAUGCAAAAAAAGUAAUUUCAUGGUGAAGUCAUUUUCGAUGAUCCAGUAUAUUUAUAUAUUUUUUAGAAUAUUAAUAAUAUAAUAAUAAAACUAACAACACACGUCAAGUUUAUAGUUAUUUUCAAUACUUUGCGUUGGAUUGUUUCUCUUAUUUUUAGAAAAUGUCUUCCUUUUGCUCCAAAUCUCCCGCCAUUUCCAACUGUUCAAACGAUGAAUAUUCUAAUUCGAGUCUUCCAGUUGGAGAAAUCCCAGGUGACUAUGGUUUCCCAUUCUUCGGAGCCAUUAAAGAUAGAUAUGACUAUUUCUACAACCUCGGCACAGACGAAUUCUUCCGUACAAAAUCUCGAAAAUAUAAUUCUACUGUAUUCAAAACGAACAUGCCACCAGGUCCAUUCAUCGCUAAAAAUCCCAAAGUCAUCGCUCUUCUUGAUUCCAAAACAUUUCCCAUACUUUUCGACAAUUCAAAAGUCGAAAAAAAGAACGUUCUUGAUGGCACCUACAUGCCAUCAACUAAUUUCUUCGGUGGAUAUCGUCCUUGUGCAUUUCUCGAUCCAUCUGAACCAAAACAUGCAAGACUUAAAGGGUUCUAUUUAUCUAUAAUCUCAAAAUAUCAUACACAAUCUAUUCCUAUAUUUGAAACCUCUGUUUCUGCCCUGUUUCAAAAUCUUGAAAUUCAAAUAUCUAAAAAUGGAAAAGCAAAUUUCAACGACAUUAGCGAUGCAAUGUCGUUUGAUUUUGUUUUUCGUUUGUUGUGUGACAAGACAACAAGAAACGUUGGACCAAAAUAUUUUGAUAAAUGGAUGUUGCCUCAGUUGGUUCCAUUGGUUACUCUUGGUCUAAAAUUUGUGCCUAAUUUUAUGGAAGAUUUAAUAUUGCAUACUUUUCCAUUACCGUUUUGUCUAGUGAAAUCGAAUUACCAGAAGCUUUACGAUGCUUUUAGCGAGCAUGCUGGAAGUAUACUGAGUGAAAUUGAGAAGAGUGGGAUCAAGAGAGAUGAAGCUUGCCACAACUUAGUUUUUCUUUCAGGGUUCAACGCUUAUGGUGGGAUGAAAGUUGUGUUCCCAUCACUGAUCAAGUGGGUCGCCAGUGCAGGUAAGAGUUUACACACGCGGCUAGCAAAUGAAAUCAGGACGAUCAUCAAGGGAGAAGGUGGGUCCAUCACUCUAUCAUCAGUCAACAAGAUGAGUUUGGUUAAAUCAACGGUGUAUGAAGUAUUGAGAAUUGAACCUCCAUUGCCGUUCCAGUACGGUAAGGCCAAACAAGAUAUCAUGGUCCAAAGUCAUGAUUCAAAUUUUUUGAUUAAAAAAGGUGAAAUGAUUUUUGGAUAUCAAACAUUUGCAACAAAAGAUGCAAAGAUAUUUGAAAAUCCAGAAGAGUUUAUUGCAGAGAGAUUUAUGGGUAGUGAAGGAGAAAAAUUGUUAAAAUAUGUUUAUUGGUCAAAUGCAAGAGAGACCGAUGAUCCAACGGUAGAUAACAAACAAAGCCCCGCCAAAGAUCUGGUUGUGCUGUUGUGCAGGUUGUUGGUGGUGGAAUUUUUCAUGCGUUACGACAAAUUUACUGUGGAGUCUAAUAAAUUCUUAUUUGGAUCAUCAGUAACGUUCAAGACUCUGGACAAAAAAACGACAUGAAUUAUUCGAUAUAAAAUCAGGCAAUUGAUUUGUCCCAUUCCCCGGUAGCAUUAAGAUCUUUUCUGUUGUUAUUGCACGGAAUCUAAAUAUAAAAUGAUGUUAUAAUUAUUCUAAAGUUUGUAAUUAAUUAUUAAUGAGUGAAACUACUUAAAUGAGCAUAAACUCAAAAUAAUUACAUGUU